UGCCAAAAGUUUAAGAUUGUUUGAUUUUCGGUUUUGCAUUUUGUAAAUCUUUACAAGUUUCAUGGUACAUAAGUUGGAAAAUGGAGGAUAUAACUAAAAAUGAUGAAGUUUCAGUAGACAAUAUUGGUCUUCAUAAUGCAAUGGAAGAUUUAAGGAAUGAAGGAGAAAGAGAAGAAGAUGAAUUAGCUAAGGAGAAUGGUAUUUAGCUACGAAGUUUUUUUUUUGAUGUACAAAUGCGUGUUGGAUGAUGUGCAAGAGUAUAGGAGUGUACAUAUGGGGAUUUUAAAUGUUCAAAGUGUUGACUUUUAAUGUACAGUGUCAUUUUGUGCUUUUAGUUAGAUACGUCAGAUAUCCCAUGAAAUGUCAUUUUGCGCAGACAUUUUUUUACUUUGGUAAUUACAUAAGUCAAUCAUUCACUUUGUCUCUCAUUUAUUGUGGUAGAAACAAUUGAAUGUCUCUCAUUUAUUUUUCAUUUAUUGUGUUCUUCAUUGAAGUCUCCCUUAUUUUCAUGUAUGUCUAUCAUAAAUUCCGAAAAGUUGAAAUUAUGUAUGUAUUCCUGUUUUGCAUAUGUAAAUGUGUGAUGUGUUUAAUGUUUCUCACUUUGACAAUUAGAAGAUAACUAGGAAUAUACAUUUAGGGUAAUGCAGUGAUCAAUCCAUUAGCAUCCAAUGUACAUACGUUUAUAUGUGGGUUAGUAUUAUGUUGGUGGUGUGUGAAAAUGCAAAGUGUACAUGUUGUUAUGUUAUAACUGUUAUUUUAUGUGUCUAUAGAAUACGUUAAGUGCGAGACAUCUGAAUUGAUACACAAAGAGGUGGUUAAUGAUGAAGAAGCUUACAAGUUAUACAAUGACUAUGCAUUUAAAUGCGGAUUUGGUAUCCGUAAGGGCAAAGUGUGUUGGAGAUAUGAUACGAAGACCAUAAGACAACGUUUUUUGGUUUGUAGUCGUGCAGGAUUGAAAGACACAAAAAGUGGUGUGCCUAAGGCAUAUACUAAGCUUGAUCAACGUUGUGGAUGUAAAGCGUAUAUUCAAUUUGAUGUAUCCAAAGAGUCUGGACUUUUCAUUGUUACUAAGCACCAUAUGAUUCACAAUCACCCCAUGGUGCCAUUGAUACAAAGACAUUUAAUAAGAUCUCAUAGGAAAGUCACUGUUGAACAAUUGCACAUGAUUAAUAAUUUGAGAAGUUGUGGAGUUGGGGUUGCUGAAGCUGUGCGUGUAUUGAGGAAGGAAGCUGGGGGAUCUGCCAAUCUUGGGUUUGCGCACAGGGAUACUUAUGAUGCAGUUGCUGCUCAAAGAAAGAAAGAACUUGAUGGUUGUGACAGUAACCAGUUGAUUAAGAACUUUACACAAAGAUAAGCAGUUGAAUGUGAUUUUUACUAUGACGUUCGACUAGAUGCUAUUGACCACUUAAUAAGUUUUUUUUGGAGAGAUGGAAGAAUGAAAAGGGAUUAUGAAGUGUUUGGAGAUUUGGUUGUUCAUGAUACGACGUACCGAACGAAUAAGUAUGGGAUGAUUUGCGGUCCGUUUGUUGGGAUGAACCAUCACCAAAGGAAUGUGAUGUUUGGAGUUGGUUUCCUACUAAAUGAAGACACCGAUUCGUUUGUGUGGUUGUUUGAGUCUUUUUUGAAAAGUAUGGGAGGUAGGUCGCCGAUAACCAUAAUGACUGACCAAGAUGCUGCCAUGGCGAAGGCUAUAAGCAUUGUUUUUCCCAAUGUUAUACAUCGUCUUUGUAUAUGGCACAUAGGGAAAAAUUCCAUCAACAAUAUAAAAGGCUUGAGGGGGAAGGCUGGAUUUGUGGAUCUAUUCAAUUAUGUUUUAAAACAUUGUGAGACCAAGAGUGAGUUCAAGCACUAUUGGACAAGUAUGACUACCAAGUACAAGUGAGCUGCAUGUCCUUGGUUGAUUAGGUUGUAUAAGUUAAGGAAGAUGUGGUGUCCUGUCUACUCCAAGGAUUACUUCUCAGGGGGGGUGCUGUCUUCUCAAAGAAGUGAGACCACAAAUCAUUCUUUGAAUCAAAGGCUCCAUAGUAUGCAAGGCCUUUGCGAUUUCUACAAGGUGUUUAUAGAUGUUGUUGAGGAGUGGAGGGAUAGGGAGAAUGGUGAAGAUUACAAUGCACUUAAUGGCAACAAACAUCUAGCAUUAUUUGUAGAUGUUAAGUUACUCAAUGAGGCAAAGAAGAUAUACACUGUGGCUGUUUAUCUGACAUUCGAGGAAAAUUUCAUUAGAGGUGCGUGAUUUUGCCAGAAACUAGUCAAGUAUGAUCCCCCUAUUUUUGAAUACCAUGUGGGUCGCACUGAGAAAGAAUACUUAAUGCAUCUUGUUAGAUUUGACCAAGAAAAUAUGACAAUUGAUUGUACAUGUAAGUAUUUCACUAAGAUGGGUCUAUUAUGUUCGCAUUCAUUGAGGAUUUUUCACAUUCAUAAUGUUGAAAAAAUCCCCGAAAGAUACAUUUUGGGUAGAUGGGCAAAACAUGCUAUGUGUACAAGAGUUGACGAUGACGUGGGCAAGGAUAAUGUAAACAUUGUUCAAGCGUCGGUGUGGCGUGUUCAAACUACUAGGGAUGCUUUAUCAAUAAUCAAUUCAACCCAACAUGACAUAGCUGCUAGGAAGGUUGUGGAAAAUGCUUUAAGUGAUUUGAAGUCAAAGGUUGGGUUGCUUAUUGAGAAGGUUGAUGAAUCUAUCACAAUUGAUGAAGUGAAAAAUUUGUUAUAUCCUGUUGUGAAAGACCCACCUAAAAAGAGGAAGAAAGGAGCUAGGAAUGUAAGGUUGAAGAGCACUGUGGAAAAACAGGUUAAUAGGUUAAGAGGGUGGAAGAAAACUGCUGAGAAAGCUGCAUUGAGGAACAAGGCAAAAGCGCAAAAAUCUAUCCAGGAAUACAUUGAUAUACCUGAAGAGUGUAAUGUAGCUCACUCAACACACAACAAGUUUCUUCUUGAUGUGUAUGGACCUGACGAUUAUUUCCAUAUUAACCACAUCCCUGGGGAAGGUAGUAAUGUUGAGCAGCCGCAUCAUAAAGCCGCUUUGGAAGCCUACCAUGAAUAUUCUGAGAAGCUUUUUGGUAAUUGAGAAUCGAUAUUUUUUGUCACCUAACAUGAAUAUUUUGAUGAGCUCUUUUGGGGGAAUGAAACGUAGUCCACAGUGAAUGAGUUGUUGAUACACUAUUUAUUUUUUGUAAUUCAUGUAGCUCAUUCACAUUGUACUUUGUCCAAAACACCCAAAAACGUGCUUGUAAUUCUUCUAGUAAAGAGGUAUAU